AUGAAAGAAAGAAAGGGACAGUUGCGUGACGGAAAGGACAGUGACUGGACUUUGAGGAAAUGCCGUGGGAAACGCGACACUCUCGGCGGCCCACAAGGCACCCGAAAUGGCAGACGGCGGAUCGGAUGUCGACGUGCAAAUCUCCAGAAGAGCCAGUCGUUUACAAACGAGACUUUCCUUUUUAUUGCGGUUCCCUUCGUUCCCGACUUUUCCUCCGAAAUCUCCGGAGCUCGGUAA